AUUAUAUACGUAUAAUAUAACUCGCUAUUAAUAUUGUAAUAUUACUAUUUUUGCCUACUUUAAGCUCUUUUAUAUAGAUACGCAAUAUAGGUAAAACAUAAUAUUUAACUGUAUUAAAUUUGUUAUACUAAAAAAUGCGCGUAAUGUAGUUGGUUCUCUUUUUCUCUUUAUUCUCUCUAUUACAACAUCCUAUCUUUUCUUAUCAUCUAACUUCCCUUCUUCCACAAUAUUUAUUUAAAGUCGUAUGACGAAGAUAAAUAUCUAUACGCCUCAAAAUUAAUAACCUCUAGUAAGUUAUAUUGAUCUUUUCUCUCAUAAAUGUCUGUAUGACUUUAGAUAACGAUGAUAAACAUUCAGAAGGGAGAUGGAGAUAACAGAAUUUUCUUUCAAUUUCAAGACGCUCCGGCAAUAUUAAUCAGAGAAGCUUUCUAGAGGACGUGAGGUGAAUAGUUAUAAUGAUACAAUUAGUAGAUUCAAUUGACAGUGAGAUGAUUUCCCAACUGUUCUGGGAAAAUUUAACCGUUACUGUGCCUGUUGAAGAUGAUGAUGAAUGUUCGGGAAAAGUGUGGUGCAAGUUCUUGCGUAAAAAAGACAAGAAAAUAUUGACUAUACUGAAAGGAGUAUCCGGAUACGCAGAAACCGGUAACAUGUUUGCUAUAUUAGGACCGAGCGGCGCCGGCAAAACGACUUUUCUUGCUGCUCUGGCGAGAAGGCUUAAAUUAACUUCGGGCACAGUGAAGAUCAAUGGACACGACGUUCCCAAAGAAACUAUGGCAGAAAUAUCGAGUUAUAUGCCGCAGUUUGAAGCUCUGCCGUCUGCACUUACACCUAGAGAGUAUAUGUCGUUCGUGUGUGUUCUGAAAAUAGGAAAUAGUUGUAGCACGUUGCAAAGGAAAUCCUUGGCCGAAGAACUGUUGCGAGAUAUUGGAUUAUGCGAGUGUAUCGAUACUCUUAUAUCGGAGCUAUCGGGCGGUGAGAAGAAGCGUUUAUCGUUAGCCACGGAAUUAGUGACAAAGCCUAAAAUAUUUUUCCUAGACGAGCCAACCACAGGUCUGGAUACAUUUGCCGCGACUUGUGUCAUGCAAUCGUUGAAGCUGAUUGCUUCGAGAGGUACAAUGAUUUUCUGUACGAUUCAUCAACCGGGUAUGAUGAUAUACAACAUGUUCAGUCACGUGUUAUUAAUGGCUGAUGGAAGAUCGAUAUACUUCGGGACUUUGGAAAAUGCUACAGUUUUUUCAAAAGGUAAAUCUCUGAUAUUUCGAUUAUUAAAUCGCAGCGAGUGAAUAAUGACGAAACAACCGAUGUGUUUGUAUAGCCAGAAUUAUCACUGUCCUGUAAAUUACGACGAGUCCGAAUAUUACGUAAACAUUCUAUCACGCCGAAACUGGACAACUGAUCGCAGUAUUGAACUAUGCCAAGCAUUCUCGCAAUCGCCGCUGUCAAAAAUUCCUGCGAUCGAGAAUGGGAGAGCAAUUUUUCGCGUCGUUCCACAAAAAAAAUCAGGAUGGUUUGUACAAUUUUAUUGGUUGCUCUGGAGAAAACUUUUGCAAGAUAAAAGGACAUUUUUCGACAAUUGGAUCGUGUUUUCUUUCUCGCUAUCCGUUUUGUUUGUCAGUAUUUUUUACAUUGAUGCUAAUUCAUUGACGCAAGAGGGAAUACAGAGUGUUCGAGGUGUAUUAUAUUUGAUGAUAUCCGAAAUUAUAUUCACGGUCGCCUAUUCCGUCAUUUACGAAUUACCCGGCGAACUUGUUCUUUAUCUUCGCGAAAGUACCGUAUAUGCACCAGGACCUUAUUACAUUGCCAUUAUUCUCGGCUCAAUCCUCAAGGCAGUAUUCAAAGCACUUUUGUUCACGGUCGUGAUAUAUUUCCUGCUGAAUUCCGAAUUUCGGCUACACUUGUGCUUAUAUUGUCUUUGUACGGCAGUGACAGCAAUUUGCGGUACUGCAUAUGGUAUAAUGACUUCCAGUUGGAUCGCCAACAUCGAUAUUGUUACCGCGAUAAUGGUACCGUUCGAUUUGCUGCUCCUUUUGACGGCGGGUAUGUUUUACAAUCUUCGAACUCUGCCGAGCUAUCUAGCGUACUUUAAAUAUACGUCGAUAUUUUAUUACGCUACCGAAGCUAUAUCGAUUAUACACUGGUCGGAAAUAAAGGACAUCGACUGUCCAGUCAAUCGCGAUCUGCCUUGUUUAGCGAAUGGAACGGAAGUUUUAUCAGAGUACGGCUACAAGGAAGGAAACUUUUGGUGGGAUAUGACUGGAUUGCUGCUUCUGACACUUUUGAUGAAUGUUGCUGGAUAUUUUGGCACCAAAAGAAGAAGAGCGUCGAGAUCGAUUAUUUAGUCGGCAAUAGGCAAUCGCGAAACGACUCUUCACAAAAGUAUGAAUAAGCCUUGAAAAUUUUUCGAAACAAACCGAUUAUUUAAUAAUCUUUUGCGAUAAACUUAAAAUUACGACAAGCAUUUUGCCGUUUGCUGUCACCUUGUAGUCUUGUAUCCAUAAUUUACGCUGUCAGCAUUUCUUGUUUUACUCGAGGAGUUGGAAACUUCCCUUUUCGCGGACGUUUAAUUUUCGCGCAUGCAACUAACUUAUCCGAUGCGUUACGUAAACCGAUCAUAAAACUCAAGAACGUAUAAAGAACAAGAAUAAGAGAGAUUGUAAACAGUGUGAUUACGUUUGCUCGGAGCAAAGUGGUGCGUUUCUGUUAGUUUUCGCGACAGAUUUAUGGAAAGGAAAAUAAUGCUAUUGAUCUUCAAAUGUGAUUUGUGAAUUUCCCGAACUUGAUUGAUAGUAGAAAGUAGUGAACGAGAAGAAAAGAGAGGAGUUACAGAAAAAUUUAAUGUGUGUAUGUGUACGCGAAGAUUGUCCACGUAUCUUUGUAUAUUUUUUGCUUAUAUAUAUAUAGUAUUUUUUGCUUA